CUGUUCAUGAAGGAGCACCUGUACCAGGAGCUGGAGAGCAAGCGGGACCGGGCCCACCACCUGGCAGCCCUCACGCUGCAGCGCUAUGCCCGCACCUUCUUCCUCAAGAAGCGCUUCUACUCCCUGCGCCGCAAGAUCAUCCUCAUCCAGAGUCGCUCCCGGGGCUACCUUGCCAGGCAGAGGUACAGGCGGCUGCGGAGGACGCUCAUCAAAUUCAGGGCUCUGGUGAACGUGUACGUGAACCGGAAGAGGUAUCUCAGGGAGCUGACCAAGAGGGAGGUGAUGGAUGUGUCACGACUGGAAGUCCCCAUCGACCUGGUGAGGCUACUGGAGGGGGCAGCCUACAGGCAGGUACAUGCCAUGUGCAUCGCUCUGUGCUCCGCUCCCAAGAUGCAGCCGGACUCCCAGCCCACUCUGCCGCUCGACAUCAACAACUACCCCAUGGCCAAGUACGUGCAGGCCCACUUCCAGAUGCCCCUGUUUGGGAUGCUCACGGUCCCACUGCCGGCCCCUCUCACCCGCGUGGAGGAGGAGCUGAAGCGAGAAGCGCUCAGCCUGUUCAAGCUGAUUCUGCGCUUCAUGGGCGACCCGUACCUCAACGGCCCCCGGGAGAACCUGUUUGGGAACUACAUCGUGCAGAAGGGGCUCUCGACACCGGGGCUGCGGGAUGAGAUCCUGGUGCAGAUUGCCAACCAGGUCUGGCGCAAUACCAACAUCAACAACGAGGAGCGUGGCUGGCUCCUCCUGGCCGCCUGCCUCAGCUGCUUCAUGCCCUCCGCCCGCCUGGAGAAAUACCUGCUCAAGUUCGUGUCCGACUACGCCUUCAAUGGCUAUAAGUACGUGUGCCAGCACAAGAUCCUGCAGGCCAUGCUGAAAUCCCGGUUUGGGCCCGAGGUGGCCCGGGCUUACCCCCCAUCGCUGCUGGAGUGGACGACCAACCGGCAGAGAGCCAACAUGGCCUUGGACAUCUACUGCUUCAAUGGCGACCAGUUCUCCUGCCCCAUCCACUCCUGGAGCACAGGGGAGAGCAUGGCCGCGGACCUGCUCAAGUCCAGGGGGAUAACAGAAGGCUGGCGGGGCUGGUCCGUCACCAUGAAGGACGGGACCCAGUGGGCUGAGCUGGCCGGCCACGACUACGUCCUGGACCUGAUUUCCGACCUGGAGCUGCUCCAUGGCUUCCCCAAGCAGAAGUCGUAUUUCCUCAUCGCCUCAGAGGGGCUGGACCAGAGCCGGGGGGCCCCCUGGGCGGUGUUUGGCCAGGGCAUGGAGUCUGAUGAGGAAGUCCCUCCGCCCCCGGCCACCAAGGCACCCACUGAGCCUCCCAGCGUGGUGGACUCGGAUGGGUAUCACAGUCAGGCAGAGUCUGAUGCCUCCAGCGAACCGCGAAUGCAGAAGGGCUUGGAUCAUUACCUGGACAGCCUGUUUGACCCUGUCCUGUCCUACGGGAAUGGGGAGCUGGAGAAGCCGGCUGUCAUGUCCCAGAGGAUGAAGGGCGGUGGUGGGGUAGGAGGUAGGGGCAGCGACAGCAACCUGCAGCAGAGCGGUGCCAGGGCCCCGACGCAGAUGCCUCCGCGGCCUGGUGUGGAGCAGACCUGGAUGGCGCAGCAAGGGGCUCACCGGGAGACAGCCGGGCUCCUGAGGAGGGGGGUGAAUGGGCCUCCCAGCAGGACCGCAGCCGCUCCUGGCCCCAUGCAGGAGAGACCCUUACGGAGAGCCGCAUCUCCACCCCCCCGGCGCUGGUCCGGCGAGCUGGUGCGGCACAGCCGGCUCAACUCGGAGCACUUCCCCGAGCCCACGCGCAACAUCAGGAACAUCAUCCGGCAGUACCAGCAGCCCACCCGGCUCUCGGAGCCCCUCAGGAAGGAGGGCGGGAAGGUCUUUGUGAAGAAGAUGGAUCCCCACGAGGAAGCCAUGAUGAUCCUGAAGAGGCAGAUGGCCGUCGCACCACCGCCACCCUCUCUGAUGCCCAAGGAAACGGUGGCCAUGGUGAAACCUGUGACCAAGAGGCCUCCCCGGGUGACGUUGGCCCCUUCCCGGAGCCCUGUCCGUGUGGCGAUGCCAGUCAUAGUGUCCCGGGACCUGCCAGCCCAGGAGGAGCAGAUCCAGACCCAGCUGCACCGGCGCUUCAGCGAGGAGUUCUACACCUACUGCAACGUGCCCUGGAAGAUCUACAUCCGCAAAGAGGUGUUCUACCCCAAGGACAACUUCAACCACCCCCUGCUGCUGGACCUCAUUUUCAGACAGAUCUUCAACGACACGCUGUCCGACACCUGCGUCCGCAUCAGCCCAGAGGAGCGCCAGCGCAUGAGGUCACUCUUCGCGGCCAACAAGCUGGACUCCUUCAGCCCUGUCGCCAAUGAAAGUGUCAAGAAGGAGAUCGUCAGAAUGGCCCGGGACAGCUGGGAGGUCUACUUCUCCCGCCUCUUCCCUGCCACGGGCAGCGUGGGGACCGGGGUGCAGAUCCUGGCCGUGUCCCACACGGGCAUUAAGCUGCUGAGGCUGAUCAAGGGCACCAACAUGCCUGGGGAGCAGCUGCGGGUGCUGCGGACAUAUAGCUAUGCCGAUGUCCUGUUCGUGACCAUGCCCUCGAGAAACAUGCUGGAGUUCAACCUGAUCAGCGAGAAGCUCAUCCUCUUCUCCCCCAAGGCUGCCCAGGUGAAGGCCAUGAUUGACUACUUCAUCACUGAGAUCAAGAAGGAUUCUCAGUACGUGGUCGCUGUGAAGAACCACGUUGCAAUGGACAGCAGCCAGCUGAGUUUCCACAAGGGCGACAUCGUCCACCUGCAGCCGCUGGAACACCCCAAGAAAGACUACUAUUACGGCUACAUGGUGCGCAAGAAGCUGAUGUACCUGGAGGAGCUGAAGCGUGGCACCCCGGAUUUCGGGUGGAAGUUCGGUGCCAUCCAUGGCCGCUCAGGGCUCUUCCCCAUGGACUACGUCCAGCCUGUGGCAGCCCCGGACUUCGUGCACCUACCGGCCGACAAGAAGGAAGAACCCAAGAACAAACGGGGCAAGGUGGCAGCCUCCGCGGCUGUGGCUGCGGCUGUGGCCUCAACUGCCAUGGCCCGGGAGCUGGACAGGAAGGGUGAGGACACCCCCACGGGCAGCGACAGUGCAGAUAAAGCAGCAGAGGCCAGUGGCGAGCUUCCCAGGGACGGUGCCCUGCCGGCAGGGCCAUCCACUAUGAUGGACUUUGCCAGGAAGUAUUUCCGCGGUGCCCAGAAGCCGACGUCGGACUCCUUCAAACAGAAAUCCAAAAAGGGACGGGACGUGCCAGGCAUGGCAGAGAAGCUCAAGUUCACCAAGUCGCCCAUCCAGGAGUCACUGAUCGAGUUCACCGACAGCAGCAUGAGCAAGAUGGCAGUCGAGGCCUUCCAAGCCGUGAUGAAGUUCAUGGGUGACCACUCUCUCAAGGGACAGACGGAGCUGGACAUUGUCUGUGCCAUCUUGAAGAUGUGUGGUGACCACGAGGCGCUGAGGGAUGAAGUCUACUGCCAGGUCAUCCGCCAGGUCACCGGCAACACCAGCUCCAAGACGGACAGCUCGCAGAAGGGCUGGAGGCUGCUCUACAUCCUCACUGCCUACUACAAGUGCUCCGAGGUCUUCAGGCCGCAUCUGCUGUCCUUCCUGCAGGAGGUCUGCAGCAGCCCUGGUCUGCACUUCCAAGGGAUCGCCAAGGCUUGUGAGCAGAACCUCAAGAAGACCUUCCAGUGCGGCGGCCGGACCAGGUUUCCCAGCAGCAUGGAGCUCAAAGCCAUGGUGGCCGGAAGGAGUGCGAAACGACAGCUGUUCCUCCUGCCUGGCGGCAUCGAGAAGCACCUGAAGAUCAAAACCUGUUCGGUUGCACUGGAUGCGGUCGAGGAGCUGUGUGAUGAGAUGGGGCUGCACCGGCCUGAGGCUUUUGAUGAGUACAUCAUCUUCGUGGUCUCCAGCAGGGGUCAGAACGUGCGCCCCCUGAGCCGCAGGGAGUACAUCCUGGACGUGGCCACGGAGAUGGAGCGUGUGGACCCCAACUACACCUUCUGGUGCCGCCGCGUCAUCUGGAUGCAGCCGCUCAAGUUUGACAACGAGCUGUACAUCACCACGCACUACAACCAGGUCCUCCCUGACUACCUCAAGGGGCUCUUCAAUGUGUUUCCUCCCGUGAAGCCCAGUGACCAGCAGCUCCAGCAGAUCGCCAAGCUGGCAGCCCUGCAGCACCGGGCCAAGGACAGCCUGUAUCUGCCCACCGUCCGGGAGGCACAGGACUACAUCCCGCCGCAGUUCUGCCGCAUGCAGCACAUCCAGUCCUGGUUCAACAUGGUGAUGCAGCACAUGCAGCAGGUCCAGGCUCUCAGCGCCCACCAGGCGAGAGCCCAGUUCCUAGGGCUCGUGAGCGCCUUCCCCAUGUUCGGCUCAUCCUUCUUCUACAUUCAAAGCUGCAGCAACACCACCAUCGCCUCACCCUGCAUCCUGGCCGUCAACCAGAACGGCCUCAACUUCCUCAACAAGGAGACCCACGAGCUGAUGGUGAUGUUCUCGCUGAAGGAGGUCCAGUCUGCAAGGACGCAGCAGCCCUCAGCCGGCUCCAGCUACCCCUACGUGGAGCUCACGCUGGGAGACGUGAUGUCACAGAGUGUCACGCAGCUGCAGCUUGACCAGGGCCUGGAGCUGUGCCGCGUGAUCGCCACGCACAUGGAAAGCUUGCUGUUCGCUCGUGAGAAAAGGCUCACCCUGCCACCUAGCGAGAUCACGCUGCUCUGAACACGCGUGGCCUGCCCCAUCCCAGCCGC